GGGUGAUUGACCGCGUAACGGUUGCAUUUUGAUUCCAUAUAUUUUUGUGCAGAAAAGAGGCGAAAGACGAAGAACAGCUUUCCCUCGUUCUUCUCUGAUUAUGUAAAAAUCUUCUCUCAUAAUCUCUCUAAUCUCUUCCAUUAUUCCAUUCUCACUCCUAAUCUCCAAAUUUCAGCCGCAAUGCCUCUGUUUCGCCCUGUUCUUUCACUGUUUUAUCUCCUUCCGAUCAUCUUCCUUCCGUCUUUCUGCUCCGCCGCCGAUCCCUACGCCUCUUAUGAAUUUCGCGUCUCUUACAUCACUGCCUCUCCCUUGGGCGUUCCUCAGAAGGUUAUAGCUGUUAAUGGAAACUUUCCUGGUCCUCCAAUCAAUGUCACCACUAAUUACAAUGUUGCUGUAAAUGUAUGGAAUGAUCUGGACGAAAAUCUUCUAAUGACUUGGUCUGGGAUUCAAAUGCGGCGGAAUUCGUGGCAAGAUGGUGUUCUUGGCACCAACUGUCCAAUUCCUCCAAAGUGGAAUUGGACCUACCAGUUUCAAGUGAAGGAUCAGAUUGGAAGUUUUUUUUACUUCCCAUCAAUCAAUUUUCAGAAAGCAUCUGGUGGGUUUGGUCCAUUUGUUAUUAAUAAUCGGGACAUUAUCCCAAUUCCUUUUGCACAACCUGAAGGAGAUAUUUUCAUUAUGAUUGGUGAUUGGUUUACACGAGAUCACACGGCACUCAGAGCAGAUCUUAGUUCUGGAAAGGAACUUGGUAUUCCGGAUGGAGUUCUCAUCAAUGGCAAGGGGCCUUACCAGUACAAUGCAACUCUUGUACCGGCCGGUAUCCAAUAUGAAACCAUUCGGGUUGAUCCUGGCAAAACAUAUCGACUUCGUGUGCACAAUGUUGGGAUUUCUACCAGUUUGAAUUUUAGAAUCCAGAGUCAUAAUAUGCUUCUAGCAGAAACAGAGGGACAUUAUACGGUGAUGCAAAAUUACACGGACUUUGAUAUUCAUGUUGGGCAGUCCUACUCUUUUUUGGUUACCAUGGACCAGAAUGCCAGUACAGAUUACUACAUUGUCGCAAGUGCUAGGUUCGUAAACGAAUCACUUUGGCAAAAAGUAACAGGUGUUGCCAUCUUACAGUACUCCAAUUCCAAAGGACCAGCAACUGGUCCACUCCCAGAUCCUCCCAACGAUUUUUACGACAAGGAGAGGUCAAUGAACCAGGCGAGGAGUGUGAGGCAAAAUGUAUCUGCUAGUGGCGCCCGUCCUAAUCCUCAGGGAUCUUUUCACUACGGUCAAAUAAAUGUGACUCAAACGUAUUUGUUGAAGAGUGAACCAUUGGUGACGAUCAACAAAACAGCUCGGGCAACCUUCAAUGGCAUCUCCUUUAUUCCUCCUAAAACUCCAAUCAGGCUUGCUGACCAACAUAAAGUUAAGGGAGCAUACAAGCUUGAUUUUCCUGAUAUGCCAUUGAACAGAACACCUCGGGCAGAUAUAUCUAUUAUAGAUGCAGCAUAUAAAGGAUUUAUUGAAGUGAUAUUUCAGAAUAACGAUUCUAUCAUCCACAGUGUUCAUUUGGAUGGCUAUUCGUUCUUUGUGGUUGGUAUGGGUUAUGGUGAUUGGUCAGAAGACAAAAGAGGUAGCUACAAUAAAUGGGAUGCCAUUACCCGAUCCACUUCUCAGGUUUAUCCUGGGGCUUGGACUGCGGUUCUUAUUUCUCUAGACAACGUUGGAGUAUGGAAUCUUAGAGCAGAAAAUUUGGAUCGAUGGUACUUAGGUCAAGAAACAUACUUGAGAAUUGUCAAUCCGGAGGAGAAUGGGAAGACCGAGAUGGCAGCUCCUUCGAACGUUCUAUACUGCGGUGCAUUGCAGAGUUUGCAGAAAGAACAGCACCACGGCAAUGCCAAUUCAAUCUUCAAGGGACACUCAAAACUCUUCAUCACUCUUCUUAUGGCACUCCUAAAUGUGGCUUUCCUUCUCAGUUAAAACACCUUUUGGUGAAUGGUGAGCAUUGUUUUCGUUCCUUCUCAUCAAAGUGGUCGAUUCUCGGGAUCGAUCGCCUGCGUGAUGUCAUUGUUUCGUUUCUGGAUUGUCAUUUUUAUGUAAGCGCAUAUAUACAGUCAGUUAGGUGUGAAUGAGUCAUUUUCUUAGAGAGAUUGUUCUAAAUGACAUACUUUUCUGCCCCUUCCCCAACAUAGCGAUUGUAAUUUGAAUAGUUGUGUAAUGCCAGCAAAAAUUUGCAGUCAUAGCCCUUGAGAA